AUGAGAGUGGCGGUGAUUGGGGGAGGUCCGUCAGGGCUUGUCACCUUGAAGUACCCGAUCCAGGCUUCUGCGAGCAUAUCCUGCGAGCCUGUCGAAGCAAUUCUAUUUGAAUAUCAAACGCAAGUUGGAGGUACAUUUGCUGCACGAUCAUACGAAGACGCCGAGCUCGUGUCCUCCAAACAACUCACCACUUUCUCCGACUUCAGAUAUUCCGAGCAUGGUGACUUUCUCAGCACUCAGCAGUAUGUGCAGUAUCUUCAAGCUUACUGCACGCAUUUCAAAUUGUGGCCUCAUAUGCGACUCAACACACAAGUUUUAUCUGUCACCCGAGGAGUCGAUGGGAGCCACAUCAUCACCUACAAAACAAACGAGGCCCGGUUUCCAUGUGAAUGGAGAUGCGAUGCGGUCGCUGUUUGUUCGGGUUUGCAUGUGACACCCAACAUCCCCAACAUAAAGGGAAUGGAAAAUGUUCCAUUGGUUUUUCAUUCUUCCGGCUUCAAAUCAAGAAAGCAGUUCGGGACCGACAAAACCGUCAUGGUAGUUGGAAGUGGAGAGACUGGGGCAGAUAUCGCAUAUCUAGCGGCAACGUCGCCUACCAAAAGAGUCUUACUCUGCCAUAGAGAUGGCGUGCAUUUCGCUCCAAAGAGAAAUCCGGGUCCUGUGUUGUUUCCAAUUCUUGGGAGGAAACCGGACCUCAAAGAGCCAGGCAUACCAAUUGACGUGAGCCGGGCCAACAUGUUCGAUACCACAUAUGUUCACCCACUCCUUCGCAAUUCCAUGGUGCUAUGGCACUACUGUCACUGGUACAUCAAGUUCAUCCUUUGGUUGUCGUCUGGAACCACAGCGGGAAUGGACCAGUGGAUCGGAAGGAUCAGUCCGGAACGCCAUCAUCCGUCCAAGAUAUUCUUUAACAAAUCUAUGAAAGUCUGUCCCUACAUCAGCCUUCCGUACCGUCCAAGUAUGCCAGGCCCACGCCUCUGGCUAUACGCCCUGCGAUCUGCCAUCGUGCAAACUCCGGUUCCAGACACCAAUGGGAGAAAAGUGGACUUGGCACCAUGGCCGAAGGAGAUAGGCCGGGAUGGGACUGUUCAUUUCUUCGAUAAUCAGCAGCCCGAGUUCAGCCGGUUGAAAGGAGAGAGAAUCAAACCAGAUAUCGUCAUUCUCUCUACUGGCUAUAAACAAGAUUUUCCGUUCCUUGAGCCUUCACGAACAAAACCUACCAGAGCUUACGGAACGGCAAACCAGGCCAAUGUCCGCGGUAUCUGGCGACGUGAUGAGCCAACCGUCGGAUUUAUUGGAUUUGUGAGACCAUCACUUGGCGCCAUCCCGCCUCUGGCAGAAAUGCAGGCUCAGCUUUGGAUUCUGAAUAUAUUAGCUCCAGAGAAGAUACCGCAUCCUCUGCGAGCUACCGAUGAAGAACACUACCGCUUAAAGCUUCCUCCAGAUUCUCGUAUAGAAUACGGUGUCGACCAUGAAAGCUAUGUAUAUCAGUUGGCUUUGGACAUGAACUCGGCAAUAGGGCUCUGGGACGUCUUGGCCAUUGCGCAUAAGAAAGAUGUUCGUGGCGGGUGGCGUCUGCUUGUUGUCUGGGCUUUUGGCGCACACUUCAACACGAAGUUUCGACUCCUGGGACCCUGGCAGUGGAGUGGUGCUGCAGACAUGCUUGUAUCGGAGGAGUUCUGGCAAACAAUCACGAGAAGGCCGUUAUUCUUCGGUAAGAGCGCCUGCUAG